CAUAGUUGGCGCCAGGAGAGAAUGCAUUUAAAGCAUUCUUUUUGCAUCAGCUUAUUCAUUUGAUCCAUUCAGUAACAAUGAGGCCGAAUUUCGAAGCCCUCAGCACACGGUAUCAGGAACUGCGAGCUGUUGAGGAUAGUAAAGACAAAAUCAUCGAGGAUUUGCUCGCUGGCAUUAAGCAACUUGGUUUCGACUUUGAGAGGGCAAGGGACGAUUAUGACGACCAGAAAAGAGCCGCAGCCUCGUUGAGGGAAGACAUUAAGGAACACAAGCACAAUAUUAAUGCAAUGAAACGGGCCCAGGAUAAAUUGAGUUUCGUUUCUGUGAUCGUCGACGGAGAUGGCAUGAAUUUUUUAGAAGAUCUUGUUCAAGGCGGAAAGGACGGGGGCGAUAAAGCUGCCCGAUUACUGCUUGAAGCUUCUGAGAGCCAUGUUCAAAGCACUGAUCCCGCUGCACCUUCCAAUACCUGCUAUAAGAUCCGAGUAUACGCCAAUGUUUCUGGUUUGACUAAAGCUUAUCGAACCGACAAGAUCCUGGACCACGAUCAGGACUUGACCUCAUUUAUCCAAGGAUUCAAUAAGGCCCAUCCACUGUGCGAUUUCGUCGAUGUUGGGGACGGGAAGGAGUGUUCUGAUGUUAAAAUGCGAGCCAUUCUUGAGCGAGACCUUGUUGAUAUUCAUUGUCAGCGGGUUGUGUUUUGCGCAUCUGCAGACAAUGGUUAUGCAUCGGUCCUGCGUCAGUAUCGGGGACCAAAGCAGGGAUCAGACCACAUUUCCUUAGUUGAGGGGCCGCCAUUUGCGCGAGAUAUGAAGGAUCUAGCAAUAUGUUUCAUAUCUUGGGUACGUGUGCAUAUAGCCCAUGUAGCCAUGAUCAUCACUUUACGCCAAGCCGCCGGGAAGUCGGCGAUUUGGUGUAUAUCGCGAGGUCGAACCCUUGUUUCGAAGGACUUUCCUGUCGAGACGUUACAUGUAUUUCUGGCCAUCGUUGUGCCUUCGGGACGAGUUGCUCUAACAAACACGAUUGUCGGUUCGAUGUAAGUAUGCAUGACAUUCGUAUGGUUGGCGUGAAAACCAUUGAAGAGUAUCAGUUACGUUAGUUUUUUUUUUUUUUUUUUUUUUUCCCCU